UUCACAACCAACCAAUAUAAAACCUACAACUUCCCUCACACUUAUUCUAUCUCACCUUCCACACCAACAAUGGGGGAAAAGAAAGAUGAGCAAAGAGUACUCGAAGACGAUGAACCUGAAGUCAAAUACAGGGGAAUCAAAGCUAUGCCCUUCAUCAUAGGAAAUGAAACAUUUGAGAAACUCGGAGCAAUUGGAACACUUUCCAAUUUGUUAGUGUAUAUGACUACGGUUUUCAAUAUGAAGAGUAUCACCGCAACCACUCUCCUCAACGUAUUCAAUGGCACCACCAAUUUCUCCACCUUGCUUGGCGCCUUCUUGUGUGACACCUAUUUCGGUCGCUACAAGACAUUGGGUUUUGCUUCAAUUGCAUCCUUCAUUGGUUUGCUUUUAAUUGAUCUAACUGCGGUGUUCAAAGGACUUCAUCCACCAGAAUGUGGGUCAAAAGAAGGUAGCCAAUGCGUGAGUGCGACACCACUGCAAUGGCUAUUCCUACUCGGUGGAUUCACCUCCUUAAUUAUCGGAGCCGCAGGUAUCCGACCAUGUAAUUUAGCCUUCGGAGCAGACCAGUUUAACCCUAACACCGAAUCGGGGAAGAGAGGGAUAAAUAGCUUCUUCAAUUGGUAUUUUUUCACCUUGACAUUCGCACAAGUGGUGUCGGUUACUCUCGUGGUUUACAUUCAGUCCGAUGUAAGUUGGGCUAUCGGACUCGGAAUUCCGGCGAUCUUCAUGUUCAUUUCGUGUAUCUUGUUCUUCGGAGGUACUAAAAUGUAUGUUAAGGUAAAGCCGGAGGGAAGUCCGUUCACAAGUAUGGCGAGGGUAUUAGUUGUAGCAGUGAAAAAACGAGGGUUGAAAAUGCCACAACAACCUUCGGUGUCUCUUUACAAUUAUACACCAUUGAAGUCGAUUAAUUCGGCUUUACCUUACUCGAAUCAGUUCAGUUUUCUUAACAAAGCAGCAAUCAUAACACCCGAAGACAAACUCAACCCAAAUGGGUCAGCAUCCGACCCAUGGAAGCUCUGCAGCAUCCAACAAGUAGAAGAAUUCAAAUGCGUUAUAAAAGUCCUACCCAUAUGGGCUUCAGCCAUAACCUACUUCAUCGCAAUGACCCAACAAACCCAAUACGUAGUCUUCCAAGCCCUUCAAUCUAACAGACACGUGUUCAAUUCCAGCUUCCAAAUCCCCGCAGCUUCGUACACCGUUUUCACCAUGCUCACACUAGUCUUCUUCGUACCCUUAUACGAUCGUCUCAUUGUCCCCCGACUCCGCAGCAUCACCGGUAAAGAAGGCGGAAUUUCCCUUCUGCAAAGAAUAGGGUUCGGAAUAUCGCUAACUGUUGUAGCUUCGCUUGUUUCGGGUUUAGUGGAAGAGAAAAGAAGGAAUCUUGCUCUUACAAAACCGACGUUAGGUUAUGAACCCCAUCGAGGAGAAAUUUCGUCCAUGUCUGCUUUAUGGUUGAUUCCGCAACUAUCUUUAGCUGGAUUUGCCGAGUCUUUCACUGCAAUUGGUUUAGUUGAGUUUUACUAUAAACAGUUUCCUGAGAAUAUGCGAAGCGUCGCUGGUGCUUUUUUCUUUUGUGGGAUGGCAGCGUCUAGUUACUUGAAUAGCUUCUUGGUUACGAUUAUUCAUCAUACGACUGAAGGGGCUGCUACUGGAAACUGGUUGCCUGAGGAUCUUAACAAGGGUAGAUUGGACUAUUUCUAUUUCUUGAUAACGGGUUUGGGGAUCUUGAAUCUUGGAUACUUUUUGGUGUGUUCUAGGUGGUAUAUGUACAAAGAGAAAAGCAAUACUGGUAUGGUUGAGAUGGAAAAGAAAGAUGAAAAAUCUGUUGUUUGAGAAUGAAGUUAACUAAAAUGGAUAAAAUAUGAGGUUGCUAGAGCCUAAAUUAUAUAAUGUACUAUAGUGUAAUUGUUCUAAUUUGAGUUGAUGCUAUGCAUAUGUAUUCUCUAUGCUUGGUGUCACAAUCCUUGUACAACUCCAUGGAUCAAAAUUUGUAAGAGAAUGGAAUGGAAACAAAUGGAUACAAUUGGUAUGAAA